CAGCGUCAUUUCGCGAAUUGCCUCCGACCCGCAAGGAAGCUAGACCAGACUUUUAUUAUUCGUCGUAGUAUCCUACUAGUGGUGAAUUCAGUGCAUCUCGUUGCUUUUAGUGUCGAAAUCAGCAGUAUACCACGACCGCGAUGCUCACCAGGCCUCGAGAUUCAUUCGUUCGGUUCACGCUACUACUGAUGCUGUUGAUUACACAAUCACAUGCUACCUGGCGCCAGAACAACGGACAACAGCUGUAUACUAGCAACCGUCAGCCACCACUAUCCACGGAAGUCAGCUGUAAUGAUCUGUUUACGACGGAUCGCGAGAGCUACUACCAGAAGCGAUACGAGGGAACGCUGGCGCUGAAGAGUGACGUUACGUUGCGAGAUGUCGAAAUCGAUCUUCGUUUUGACCGCGACGUCGAUCUCUUGGUGAACUAUUUUGGAACUUCCAGCAGCUCCAAUAACCGGGACUUCCGCAUAACUAAACAGGGCUACACAUUAUUCGCCCAAACAACUCUGACCAUCAAGUUGGAAGUCAGCUAUUCAACUGCUCUACAACCAUGGCUCGAGGAAGUUCGCCUAAAUCAGAUACUGCAGUGCCCGUCGAAAACCAGCAUUCGUACAAGCGCACAAAUCAUAGAACCGACUCCCACAUACCGAUAUCCUCCACCAAGUUGGAACCUUGGCUAUAAUCCAGAAUCUGGUCCAGCUGUCCCACUGGUGCGGUUGAUGCCAAGCGACAAUGGUUUGUCUUCAUUGUACGACAAACAACGACAGUCGACCUCGACUCGACCGACUGUUCCAAGAAAUUUCACCGACAAUCGAGAAAACCGGUUUAACUCCUCUUGUCAGGCUAUGAAUUCGAACAUCGUGAUUACUCCAGGCCGAUGGGAUGGCAUUCUGACUCUGAACACCGAUGUGAAGGUUGAUAAGGUUCUUAUCGAAAUAGUGUUUGAUGGACCAAUUUACUUAUUAGGCAAUUCGUUUGGCGGAGUACGCACUGAGGAUAACAUUCGAUUCAUAAUCGAAAACAGCACUCUCAUUCUAGCGGCGGAUUCGGAGGUAGAGCUGCUUUUCUUCAUCAAAUUCAACGAAAUGGGCCGAGUUCCGGAUGUCCAGGAGGUCAACUUCAACGGAAGGGAUGUUUGUCGGCAGCGACGUAGACGAGUGCUGUCUGAAACGGAAGCCCCUGUCGGUGUAUUCGGUUCGAAGCCAUCUCUAUUCACGGAGGGACCAACUAGGACAACUACUUUAAGGCCUGUAGCAGAAGAGGAGUAUGAUGAAAGUGAGUGUGCAUCUUUGUAUCCAUCCAACGAGUCGAAAGUGUCAUCGCGGAUCAUCGGUGGGAUCACAGCUAAAAAUGGCGAACUUCCGUGGCAUGUGGCAAUCUUCUAUGAUGAUCAAUACCAGUGUGGCGGCAGUAUUAUCGCCCGGAGGAGCAUCCUGACAGCCGCCCACUGUCUAACAAAAGAAAACACUAACGAAACACUGCAAUUUGAUCUGCUAAAAGUGUACAUCGGCAUUGUGGACCUAAAUCUGGUGGACGAUUAUUUUUACCAUGCCGCGUCCGACAUUCUGAUCCAUCGGGAUUACAAUGCUGCACAGCACACGACAGAUAUUGGUAUUCUGAAACUUCAGAAAGACGUCAUCUUCAACAGCUUCAUUAAGCCGGUCUGUUUGUAUCGAAAUACAACCGACAUCAGCACAUUCUAUAGUCGCUACGGAAAAAUUGCCGGCUGGGGUUUUAACCGAAAUGGAGUUGUGACUAAGGUACUGAAUUAUCUGGACAUGCCCGUGGUAUCUCAGAAGAAGUGCUCACAGACAAACGUACAGUACAAUACGGUUUUGGCGCACGGCGAGUCGUUUUGUGCGGGACAUUCAGACGGAAACUCUGUUUGCAACGGAGACAGCGGUGGAGGACUGGUAUUCAUCGAUAACUAUCGAUACUAUCUACGAGGUAUUGUGUCCAUUAGUGCACAGAAGCGUAACCAGCUGAUGUGUGACCCAAAUCGGUAUUCCGUCUUUACAGAUGUAUCAAAAUUUCUUAAAUGGAUACGAAAAAAUAUAGAAUAGCUAAAG